GAUUUCCGGUCCUCCCACAUUGCUAUGGCUGCCAAGACCAGGAGAUGAGUGUACGAUUUUGAGAUAGAUGGGUAUUUCUUGCUUAAAUGACUAAAGAUUGUGCCAAAAUGGGGGAGCAACCCAUCUUUACAACAAAAGCGCAUGUCUUCCACAUCGAUCCAAAGACUAAAAGGUCAUGGGUUCCUGCCAGCUCUCAGGCAGUCAACGUUAGUUUUUUCUUCGAUUCGACCCGUAAUCUUUAUAGGAUCAUCAGCGUUGAAGGAAGUAAGGCGGUUAUCAACAGCACUAUAACGCCAAACAUGACCUUUACGAAAACAUCGCAAAAAUUUGGCCAGUGGUCAGACAUCAGGGCUAAUACAGUUUAUGGUUUGGGCUUUGCAUCUGAACCCGAGCUUAAUAAG